UAUUAAAAAAAAAAAAAAACCAGAAAAUCUGUGGGAAAUUGGGUAGCACCACCGGCGAAGAAAAUGUCAGUGGCAUCUUCAAUCCCAUGCAUCAAAAUCCCAUCUUCUUCUUCCUCAACUUCCUCUUCAUCUUCUUCUGCAUCAUCCUAUUCCCUUCGAUUUUCUACUUCUUCCAAGUAUUAUACUUUCGCCAUCAGGAAUUCUCAGACCGAAGGGCCUCUGAGAAGACCAGGGUCUCCUCCUUUGAGGGAACCCCUGAAACCCAACCCUCCAUCUCCGCCGUCGCCGUCCCCGUCCCCGUCCCUGUCACCUGUGGCGCCCGCUCCUCCUCAGCAGAAUGUGGCUGCUGUUGUUGCGGACGAUAAGAAUGUUGUUACAUUAGAGUUUCAGAGGCAAAAGGCGAAGGAGCUUCAGGACUACUUCAAGCAGAAGAAGCUGGAAGAAGCAGAUCAGGGCCCUGCUUUUGGAUUCGUGGGGAAAAAUGAGAUCAACAAUGGAAGAUGGGCCAUGUUCGGUUUUGCCGUUGGGAUGCUAACAGAGUAUGCAACAGGUUCGGACUUUGUUGAUCAAGUAAAGAUCCUUCUUUCGAAUUUUGGGAUCGUAGAUUUGGAAUGAACAAUUUUAAUGUUUAAUGUUGUUGAUAGUUUCGACCUUUAUUCGUAAUAUAUUUCUGUGGUUUGUUACUCC